AUGCCCAGCUCGCUGUUUGCAGACCUGGAGCGCAACGGCAGCGGCGGCGGCGGCGGCGGCGGCGGCGGCGGGGGAGGCGGCGGCGGGGGUGGCGGCGGCGGCAGCGGCGGGGGAGAGACUCUGGAUGACCAAAGAGCCCUGCAGCUCGCGCUGGAUCAGCUCUCCCUGUUGGGACUGGACAGCGACGAGGGCGCCUCUCUGUACGACAGCGAGCCGCGCAAGAAGAGCGUGAACAUGACCGAGUGCGUGCCGGUCCCCAGUUCCGAACACGUCGCGGAGAUCGUAGGGCGGCAAGGUUGUAAAAUCAAAGCUUUGAGGGCGAAGACCAACACUUACAUCAAGACCCCAGUUCGCGGGGAGGAGCCUGUCUUUGUUGUGACGGGCAGGAAGGAAGAUGUGGCCAUGGCUCGGAGGGAGAUCAUCUCCGCCGCGGAGCACUUCUCCAUGAUCCGAGCUUCACGGAACAAGAACACGGCUCUCAACGGCGCUGUGCCGGGACCGCCCAACCUGCCAGGGCAGACCACUAUCCAAGUGAGGGUGCCUUACCGCGUGGUGGGGCUCGUGGUGGGGCCGAAGGGCGCCACGAUCAAGCGCAUUCAACAGCAGACGCACACGUACAUCGUGACGCCCAGCCGGGACAAGGAGCCCGUGUUCGAGGUGACCGGGAUGCCAGAGAACGUGGAUCGCGCCCGCGAGGAGAUCGAAGCUCACAUCGCGCUGCGCACGGGCGGCAUCAUCGAGCUGACAGACGAGAACGACUUCCACGCCAACGGCACAGACGUGGGCUUUGAUCUGCACCACGGGUCCGGCGGGUCCGGGCCGGGCAGUCUCUGGAGCAAGCCCACGCCGAGCAUCACCCCCACCCCUGGCCGCAAGCCCUUCUCCAGCUAUCGCAAUGACAGCUCCAGCUCCCUUGGCAGCGCGUCCACAGACUCCUACUUCGGCGGGGGGACCAGCGGCAGCACGGCGGCCACUUCACGGCUGGCGGACUACAGCCCCCCCAGCCCUGCACUCAGCUUUGCCCACAAUGGGAAUAACAAUAACGGCAACGGUUACACCUACGCUGCGGGGGAAGCCUCAGUGCCUUCCCCGGAUGGCGGUCCCGAGCUGCAGCCUACUUUCGACCCGGCUCCCGCCCCACCGCCGGGGACACCCCUCCUCUGGGCCCAGUUCGAGCGCUCCCCCGGAGGUGGAUCUGCGGCGCCAGUGUCCUCUUCCUGCUCUUCCUCGGCGUCCUCCUCUGCCUCGUCGUCCUCUGUGGUCUUUCCCGGGGGCGGUGCCAGCAGCACGCCCUCCAAUGCCAACCUGGGGCUGCUGGUGCACCGCCGGCUGCACCCGGGCACCAGCUGCCCGCGCCUGUCUCCGCCCUUGCACAUGGCCCCGGGGGCGGGAGAGCACCACCUUGCCCGGCGCGUGCGAAGCGACCCGGGGGGUGGAGGCUUGACCUACGCCGCCUACGCUAACGGGCUAGGGGCACAGCUCCCCGGCCUGCCCUCGUCGGACACCUCGGGCUCCUCCUCGUCCUCCAGCUCUUCCUCCAGCUCUUCCUCCUCUUCCUCGGGGCUGAGGCGCAAAGGCAGCCGCGACUGCUCCGUGUGCUUCGAGAGCGAAGUGAUCGCUGCGCUAGUGCCCUGUGGCCACAACCUCUUCUGCAUGGAGUGUGCCAACCGCAUUUGUGAGAAGAGCGAGCCCGAGUGUCCCGUCUGCCACACCGCGGUCACUCAGGCCAUCCGCAUCUUUUCCUGAAGGCAGUGCGCGCGUGCGCACACUGUGCAGGGAAGGAGGGUUCCCUCCCUAGACCCUCAUUCCCUAGGGCCUACCUGCCCAGACGCCUCUGGUGCCCACCUCUUUCCACCCUACCCUCCUCACUCUCAGAGAUCCCAGAGGAGCUUGGAAAGCUGUAGUAUCCGCUCAUUUUUAAAAUGUCAUUUUUAAACAAAGGAACUUGCCAGGAUCUCUGCAUCAGGAGUACUGUAGUCUCCGAAACCACCCGAAUUGCAUGCUCUAUAAAUAAUAGGACCGGCGACAUUCUAGUAACGAUAGUUUUUACACUGUACUUAAUAGGAAGCUUCCAAAAGAAGAAAACCCCACAAGUUUUCCAUUUUCUUGAAGUAGGAGAAAAAUGAACAGUAAUUAUGAAGAUGAUAAAUAAUUGUGCUAUGGGAUGUGUGGACUGUUUUGUGUGUCUCCCUUCGUGGGUGGGUUCCUACAGCACUCGUUCUAGAACUCAAGUGGAUCCUUUUUGAAUGUUCAUGGAAGGGCCAGGAGUUCUGUACA